AUGCAGAUCAUAGUGGAUGUAUUCCACAAACGUACUUGGUACGGCUCGUUCACCACUGCUAUUGCAACUGCUCCUGCUGUUGAUCCUACUGUGGGCUCGUUGUCUGAGGCUGGUGCAGCCAAGUUCUGCAGAUACCAUCCAAAUAGCAAGACCCAUAGCACUGACGACUGUGUUGAGCUUUUGCAAGUGAUCAAAAAGAACCCUCCGCGUUCUCAAUCUCGUCUUGCUGUUGAGACCAAUGGUGGCCGCAGUGCCGCAUUGUUGUCAUCGUCUGUUUCGUCUCCUCAAGCCCAACCUACUACUGGUAAUUCUGUUGUUGUUCAGGAAGAUCAGCAAAGUAACAACAACUCGAGUGAAUCUGGUUCCUCGUUGUUGGUGCCCGCUGCUGUUGCUAAACAGAGUCGUCACGAUCAAAAUACGGGAUGUACAUUUUCAAUUUGUUCCCCUCGUUUCGCCAACCAGCUUGGUGUUCAAAUCAACCGCUCUGUUCAUGGUCAGGUCCAGUUAGGCCAUACAGACAGUGUUAAACCUCGUAUUGGCACUUGCUCACUUAAAAUCUCGUAUAAUAAACGCAGUUUUAUUCACACAUUUGAGAUAUUUGAUUUCUUUACUGAUUCGGAUGAUUGCCCCAUGUUGCUUGGGUUGGAUAUCAUGCCUGAUCUACAGAUUGGAAUCACUGGCCUUGCUUCAACAUGGUUUGAAGAGCUUGGACCCAGACUUCCCGACCCCAUUGAUCCUGACAUCGAGCCUAAUAACGAUCCAUACGGAUCACCUGCUGAGCGUGCAAAGGCUUUCAAACCUAUUGAACAGUUAUUGGUAGAAAAUGCUGCCAUUGAUCUUGCCACUACUCAUUGUAACUUGCCUGGUGCGAUUGUCCAACUCGAGACAAUCCCUGGUAAGGUUGCCUAUCGUGCUCCCUAUCCUAUUCCAGUUGUCUAUAAGGAAGCUGUGUCUAAGCAGUUGAUGGAGUGGGAACGAGAUGGUGUCAUUGAGCGCAGUCCAAGUCAUAAUGGCUGGAAUUCUCCUUUGCUCGUCGUUGCCAAAAAGAAUUCUAAUGGUGAAUAUUCGUUUGACAAGCUACGUAUUGUUGCUGACGUUCGCCUACUCAACCAAAUCUUGGUCUCCACUGACAAGUACAUUAUGCCUCGCAUUGAUGAGAUCCAUGCUCGUCACAGCCGCGCUGUCAUGACAAGUUCCAUCGACAUCAAAAGUUUCUUCACGAGUUUCUUGGUCGAUCCACGUCAUCGCCACAAGUUAACCUUUACCGAUCCAUUCACGCAAACGCAAUGGGUCCACAGGAAGGUUUGCUUUGGAGUAAAUUUCAUGGGCAAUUUAGCUAUGCGCUUGAUAUCCAAUUUGUUUACCGACAUGCUUGAUCAGGUGUCACUUUAUAUCGACGAUUUAGGGUGCCUUACGUACACUGACUCUCUGGAUGAGCACGUUGCGUUAGUCGCUGAGGUGAUCCGUCGUCUGACCAAGGUUAAUCUCCAAAUUAACCAGGACAAGUUUGUGUUUGCUCAGCGCAGUACUCAUGUGCUGGGUUGGAGCAUCAUUCAGAACCGCCUUGUGCCUGACGCUCGCAAAUUGACCAAUUUUCAUCUGUGGCCUAUACCUACCACUGGUAAGCAGCUGAUGAAGUACUUGGGGUUUUGCAAUUACUUUCGAAAUGUCAUCCCUGGAUACAGCGAACUGGCAGCACCUCUCGAUGCAUUGCGCAAUUGUAAAUCCCUUUCUGGUUUGUGGACUGAUGCGCAUACCAAGGCAUUCAAAUCGUUGCAGGAUGCUCUGUCAUCUCCAGUCGCUCUCAGCCCAGUUGAUUUUCGUUACAAGCUGCACGUCGCUACUGAUGCCUCAGCUACUGCUAUCGGUGGUAUCAUCUACUACAUCAAGGAUGGCGUGGUUCAUUACGUUGUCAUGGCGAGUCGUAAGCUUUCCCCUUCUGAAAUGGCCUAUUCUACCACCAAACGUGAGUUGCUUGCCAUUGUCUACAUGCUUACCAAAUACCACAAAUGGCUUUUCGGUAUUGAGUUUGUCUUGCACACAGAUCAUCGCUCUUUAAUCUGGCUUCAAACGCAAAGUACGCCCAACAUGAUGCUGUUGACGUGGUAUGAAAAACUGUUCUUUGAUUACAAGUAUGAGCUGGUUCAUAUCCCUGGUACGCGUAACCUGUUACCUGAUGCACUCAGUCGGUUAUUCACCUCUGACGAUGACGAGGGUGGCAAUAACCUGGGUGGGGGUAAUCGUUAUAACAAUCAAAGUAUUAUGCUACCUGAAAAAAAGCGUAAACCUACGCGAAAGAACAAACAUGGCUUCACCAACGCCAAAGAGUCCCAAGUCACUCAAUUUUCUCUUGCUAAGCCCAAUCACUCCAAUCGUACGCAGUUCAAACGCAAGAAGCAGUUCAACAAUCAAAAGCAAUUGCAGCAGCUUUCCUUUGGGAUGCCAACCGAAUUGGAUCCACACUAUUAUUCCAAGGAAUUGAAUGAUAGCAAUGUUGAUAUUUUUGAUGCGAGCACCUACAACAUGCCAUCUGUCAGCGCUCAAGAUUUAAAGAAUCAACAGACUGCUGAUGCCAAAAGUUCAUACAAUGGUUCAUCUGGUGGACAGUCAGGUUGUAAUGCUCUUAUUUCACGUGCUAUGAAAUAUGCUGAUUACAUGACUCCUCCGAAGAAGGAUCGUCUAGAGCUUGUUAUGCGAGUGCAUUUACUCGGUCAUGUGGGCAUCAAUUCAAUGGAAAAGAUUUUGCACAAUGAUUACAAGGUACAUUGGACCAACAUGCGCAAUGACAUCGCCACAGUAACCAAGGAUUGUCAUGCUUGUCAAUCGCAUGGUAUCUACCAAGUGGGAUAUCAUCCUCCUCGUAGCGUGUUGCCAGACAAUGUGUUCGAUCAUAUAGCUAUCGAUUUAGGUGAUUUCGCUACGACUUCCACCUCGGGCAAUAACUUCCUGCUAGUCAUUGUUGAUUAUUUCAGUCGAUUCACCAUUCUACGAGCUCUUCCUGAUAAGAGUCCAAUCACUGUUGCAAGAGCAUUGCUUAGUGUAUGUUGUCUAUUUGGAUUUCCCAAGCGACUCACUAGUGACAAUGGCUCUGAAUUUGUUGGAGCAUUUAUGAGAGAGUUCAGUCAGAUUAGUGGCAUGGAUCGCUUGACCUCGUUGCCGUACGCUGCACAAGCUAAUGGUGUUGUCGAAGCGUAUGUGGGCAUUUCGAAACGAUCUAUCAUUAAAUCAUUGACACACGAUGCUGCAGAACCUGAGGCAUGGGAUGAGUAUCUCGAUGUCAUUCAGUAUGCCAUGAACAUUCAAUAUGCUAGAUUGCAUCAAUCGCAGCCGUUUGCUAUCAUGUUUGGGCGUGCCCCAAAUCUCUUCCAGGAUUACACUCAAUUGCCUAAUGCUGACCAGACACCCGAGGAUCCUACCAAGGAAGUCAUUGAUGCCCGCUUACAGAACAUUAAGGAUGUGGUAAUCCCUGCCAUCCAUAAGCGUAUCAAAGAAACACAAUUGCGCGACCAUGAGCGCUUCGAAAAGCAUCACAAGAUCAUUGAAGAGAAGUAUCCCAUCAAUUCAAAGGUCAUGCUCUUCGACCCUGUCAGGUCAACUAAACUUCACCCUAGAUGGCUCGGUCCAUAUUUCAUCAAGAACUAUACUCGCAAUGGUAGUUAUACUUUAGCCGACAUUACUGGUGAAUUGCUGCCCCGUGAUGUGCCCACCCAGCACAUUCGCGUUGUCGAUUUCUCGGACAAUCAUGUUACAAAAGGCUUACUUCCUCGCCACUAUGAAGUGCAAGCCAUCGUCAAUCAUCGCGUUGAAAGAAAGACUGGUCGAAUGAAGUUUCUUGUCAAUUGGGUAGGUUAUCCGUCCUCGAAGGACAAUACCUGGCAAUAUGAAAGCGAUUUUGAUUCCAAACGACCUAUUCGCGACUACUGGGAUCGCAUUGCACCGGAUCACAAGAAUCCCAAUCGACUCCUUCCCAACACUGUCAAUAAGCGCAAGAUUUAUAGUCGUCGUAAGCAUGCAGGACCGUCCGUCACAUUGCGUUAUCCGUCGAUUCCAAACUCUCGUAACCAUAACAUUCAGCAAUAG